AUGCAACAACGACGCGCAAAUCCCUGGCCAUCAUCUUGUCGCGCCUCACCGAACCCCGACACCGUCGUACAACUUUCUCGCCAUCGCCUCUCUUUUCCCCUCGGCGCAAAACAUUUGGUCCCUUCAAUCCCCACGCAGAUGAGGUGGGCGCAAUCAGCUUCACGACAAAGAUAG